AUGGUGAAUUUUUCACUUUUGAGUCGUGCUAAAUCAUGUUUGAAAUCAUUUGUUCUAAUUUCAUCUGCCACCAAUGCCGUAAUGUCUGACACAUCUUCGAUAAGAAUUGACUUGAUUAUUGAGUAUCGACACUUCAAANGUGAUACUGUUAUAAAACCACUGGAACGUGCUACACUAAAUAUUUCUACUCUCAAUCCCUAUAUAAAAAGUCGUUUUUUACCUAAUACUACUGUUGACAUAAUUACAGGUCAACUAUUUAUUGAAGAAUGGAUAACGUUGAGUAAUUAUGAAAAAUAUUAUAAACAGUGUGCACCUACUGAAUGUACUUAUACAUACACUCGUGGAUUUGAUAUACUUCACAUGAUCGCUAAUCUGAUCGGUAUUUGGACAGGUCUGACUCUCUGUUUACGACUCACUGUACCAGUUGGAAUGAAAAUAAUCUUCAAAUGUCUUAGUAUUAGAUCUACCAAUCAAAGAACAGUCAUUUUAGUUGCUGAAGUACCUUUGCGAAGAAAAUUUGUAAGACUAUGUUCAGCAUUAUGGUCGAUAAAUGUGUUUUCAAAAGUGACAACAAUGACUAUUAUUAUGCAACGCACAGCAACUCGUCUCUAUUUUAUCUUAUUGUACGGAUGUCUCAUUUCUAUUCUUCUAUUUUUUACUUUUCAGCAACAAACAUAUACAGAAACUAUUUCCACACCGAAUGCAUCCAUCGUGAAUGCAUUGUAUCAACAAACUAAUAUUUUCUCUCUUAAAUGUCCUUGUUCACAAAACUCCGUACCGUACAGUAUGUUUGUGUCAAUUUCAUCCGUUCGACAUAUCAUAUGCUCAAGUGCUUUUGUUACGACUCCAUGGUGGGAAAAUGUCUUUAAUAAUCAUACUGAUUCAGAUGAAUCACUUUUCAGUACUCACAUGAGACUUCUCUCAUCGAUGUGUCAAGUAACUAAAAAUACAAUUGAUAAUGCUAUAGAUAUAUUGGCUGCUAAUAAACUCAUCAUUUUCCAAGUAAUACCACAAAAUGUCUUUGUAGACCAAACAAAUACUAUCAUUACUACAUUUCUUAAGCACACAUCACUUGAUUUUCAACAUACACUUACUUUUAUUGUUGAAAACUUUCGAGCAAAUCAAUUUAUGAACAUGCUUUCGUCUAACUGGCAGAUUAAACUGACAAAUGCUAAAGAACAAUAUUUAAUCAAUACAGUUCCUCGUACAUUUCCGAUCGGAAAUAGUUCACUCUCUUGCUCAUGCGAUCGUUUAUCAGUGUGCUCAACAUCAUUAAUGUUUUCGAUGAAUACAUCAUAUCCUGGUUUACUUCGAGGUUGUUUAGCUAUUGAUGGAUUACGUUUAUCAACAUUUGAAUGCUUUGCGCAAUCGGCUUGUCUUACUCAAUUACUUGUUGAUUUAGCUAUUGAUCAAACGAAAUUCGAUAUCGUUUCUCUUAAUGCAUCGUUAGUUCGAAACAUGACAAUACCAAUUGGAAAUCUAAUUGAUGAGCUUUUUGUUGAAGAAUGGAAGACGGCUGUCAACUAUACUAGUUACUUUUCUAUUUGUGCACCUUUAUGGUGUAAAUACUCGUUCAGUCAACGUAAGAACACUCUUGAUAUUAUUAAUACCUUAUUUGGUGUAUAUGGUGGUUUAACUAUAAUAUUUCGGUUUCUUACACCGAUUGUAGUAAAACUAUAUGGAUAUUUGCGUACAAAUAACGUGGGUGUGAGCGGAAAUAGAAGAUAG